AGCAGCAAACCUAAAAAGGGGCAAAAGCUACCACCACUAACACCACAGCUCGUCUAGUCCCAUCGGCCGCUUGCAAGUUUCCCACCGCCCAUCCUCCCCCUCCUUUAGUACGCCUGCUUCUCCAAGAAGACUCCGCGCCCGCUCAUCGCCGAGCCGUGCGUGGUGACCGGUGAGUCCGUGCCAGGUUGCGUCGUCGGGGCCGUUCUAAUUCCUUUUUUCCCUUUCUCAUGCAACCCACUGCUUCGCCGCCAGAUCGUCAGUCCAGAGACGCCGCCGGGAACGGAACACCGUCGCGACGCCGCCGGAAAUCGCCGCUCCAGAGCCACUGGUGCAGGAGCUGGGUCUGAACGCAUCCGAGCGCUCCCUUCUCUCCGGCUCUCCCCUCAUCAAUUCCACCCUACGCAGCAGCAGCACAGGAGCUACUUUCUGCUCGUCCAGUCCCAUCUUCCACAGCUUGCAGUUGCACCUGGCAGUGGCACUGGCAGAGAGUGGUGCGCACCGCGAUUCAGUUUCACACCGCCCAUUCUCUUCCUUGCACGCUCACCACCAGUUUCGCAUCCGAGGUUGCUCGCCAAAGUGCCUUCUUCCCCCGGACGCCUGCCCUCCGAGGACGCCGGGAGGAACGCCGUCGCUCUCGCUCAACCGUGCCGGCUCAGAAGCAGAGUAAACCCUCUCGGAUCUCUCUGUCAAUUCUCUCCUCUCCGCUCCUCUAAGCCGGUAGAUCGGCGGAGCACUUCUUUCUUGCGCCAAAUCCGUGGCUUACUUUUAUCUUUGCUUUCAUUUUAGAGAUUUUUCUCUUGCUUGCUAGUAUCAGCGAGGAACCAGCAUGCCGGGCAGCCGUGCCGCGACCGUGUUGGACGACCUGCCGGAGUGGCUCGUCGUCGACGAGAUCCUCGCCCGGCUGCCUGUCAAGGACGUGUUCCGCUGCCGCGCCGUCCGGAGGUCGUGGCGCAGCGGCACAUCCACCUACGCCUUCAUCCUCGGCCACCACCGCCGCCAGCCCUCGCUGCCCAUCAUCUUGCACGACCAUGGCAUCAGCCGCGUCGCCGGAGCCUCCGCCUCCGCCUCCAGUGGUCAGAAGAUACGGCCCCUGCUCCGGUACGCAAGCCUCGGUAUAUGCAUGCGCCUCAUAACCUGUGAUGGGCUCCUCAUCCUGUGGCGGGGUUCAGAUUUCUACAUCUGCAACCCUGCCACCCGCAAGUGCGCCCCGCUGUCGCAUCCUCCGCGACAACAGUUCAUCAGCCCCAUCACCGGAGUCGACGUGCUCGGCUUGUACCGGCACCAGCCAUCUGGAGAAUACAGGGUGCUCUGGGUGUCGUACGCCGCGCCCAUGGGGACAUUCGCCGCUGUUAAGGUUGAGCAGCCUCAUUACCUUGUCUUCACCGUGGGUUCGGACCAGCCAAGACGCAUCCAAUGGCCGACAGUUUCAGAAGAUGGGUGUCCUGCUGCCCAUCCACCGAUCCACCAUCGUGGUAGCCUCCACUGGGCAAUGGGUUGCAGCAUAACGGUAUUUGAAACCAUAGCCGAGACAUUCCGGCAGAUGAGCCGUCCGGCACAAUUGGGCAGCUACGUGCUAUUAUUGGAUACGGGCGACAACCUUGCUUUGUAUGUCAGCACCGACCAUGACCGCGUCACUUUGGAUGUUUGGGUCUUGCAGGACUAUGAUGCAGAGACCUGGGGGUUUCGAUACCGGAUUAACUUGUUAGCGAUGGAUGCAUCUCCACCGCUUAAGUUGUGGAAAUCUAUCCCUAGGCUGGCUGUGAUCAACGAGCGUAGUACUCUAGUAUUAUCGUUUCAUGUGUGUCAUGUUAUCUUGAACAUCGUGUUAAUGUAUGUUUUGAACAAUGGUGUGUCUACUGCUAUAAAGAACUGUUGUAUUGUUCUCCUGAGUUCACUUUCAAUUUGCAUUGUUAAACGAAUGGCAAUGUUGCAGCUUGAAAUGCUAAUUCCUUAGCGAGAAGUUAUGGCAUUUUAGUUGCUGAAAUGGUUA